AUGCCAAAAUCACUUCAAUCGAAGGGAACAUCUACAUCAUCAACUCAAAGCUCUACAAGUUCAAGCACAUCAGGUUCCUCCAGUGGCUCAACUUCUUCAUCAAUGCCAAAAAUGAGUAGUUCUUCUGAGUCCUUUAAAACAACAGGAAUGCCAAAAAUAUCUGCAACAGCAUCACCAAAUUCAAACAGCACCAGCUCAAGCUCCUCUUAUACCGUCACAUUCACACCUAUAGUUCCAACUGCUUCAAACCCAGAAAUCCAUAUUGAGACUCUCCCAUCUGGCACUACAUUCAUUGCUGUUGGUUCUGUUUUAGGUUUGGUAUUUUCUGUGCUAAUUUUGACAAGAUUAAUCAUGUCUUGUGUAUCGUCAAGAAGGGCUAGAAAGGGAAAUAUGAUGCAAAAUCAACAACAAGAGUUUGACUAUGAUCCAACGUUAUUCCAAGAAAAGGAUCUUAAAAAGCAUACUAGUCGGGCAUCAAUAUACUCAUUAGGUUCAACUUCAACCUUGAAUGUACUUGGCUCCCAAGCUUCAAUGGAACAAAUGAUAGCUCCAAGUGGAAGAUCUUUAAGAACAGCAUUGAUGAACAAUAACUCCAGAGCAUCAAUGUUCAUUUCACCAACAGAAAUGCUAGUGAACCAACAUCUCUAUUCUCGCUCACAAGAAGAUCAUGGCUAUUCGUCAUAUGAUUCGCCAAUAGAGAGCCCGUCCACUGCUGCAUAUACUACACCAAGCUUAGAGCCUGCGCGUAAUGAUCAAAGAAGACCUUCAAGACCUCCUAGUGUCUUUAUGGAGCAAUUGUUUGAUGAUGAACAAUCUAUCAACUCCUAUGAGUAUGAUAGUGAUGCACAUAACAAGGUUUAA